AUGCACGGCUGUGGGUCCGCACACCAAGCCGCACCCCGUUGCGGCGUGUUGCCCGGAGUAAAUUUCCCCGACGCACUUUCGCCGACACUCCCCUCCCGUCAUGCCCGAGUAUUUAGAAAAUGUGAACAAUUUCUUGGAAUUGAGCCGUUGGGUUUGGCGGUCGUGGUCGGUUGUGCCAAUGGGCCAGAGGGCGUAGACCGAGUGUCAGUGACCACCCUGACUCAAACGUUCAAGUGGGGGAAGCAACCAACCCGAGCGCCAUCUGCUUGCUGUGGGGCGCAUCUGAUUCCUCCUCUUCUUCUUUUGCCGUGUCUCUCAUCCUCACCGCGUGCUUCUUCCUCGACCUCGCGAGGGGCAAGAGAAAGGACCAAGGGAGCGAGGACGCAACGUCACGCGCCGCCGAAUCGAUUUGUAAGGGAGGCCGGGUCGUCCACAGCGUCCCCCUCACCUUUAUCCUUCUCCUCUCGCAAAGGGCCUAUCACCACCUCCUCUAGCGUCGCCCCAGCUUUGACGGCCUCCUCGCCAGCUGCUACCUCCACCUCUGCAUUAGGCGAGUCUCGGUCGAGACAGCGCCGACGCCUGAGGAAGCAGCGCCAGCGCCUCCAACGGCAGCAACAGCAACCACCUGCUGCACCAACACCCACCACUCCAUCCAGCAGUGCUGCCCCACUCCGCAACCAACCGAAUCGCAGCACCACCACCACUACCACUACCACUACACCGUCGAAGAUCGCCCCCUCGCGGUCGCCGUCAAACCUUUCGCCCACUUCCAACCGCCCCCAUUCCAAUUUAAAUUCAAAUUCAGCACCGCGUCGCCCGCAGACACAUCGUCACAGCCCCAAGCGACCGUCAGCGACGCCCAACGAUAAUACUUCAGUGACCAAAGCCACAUCGCCAUCAUCUUCAUCAUCGCCAGCGGCAGAACCACAGCAGGAAGAGGAGGAGACAGUCCGGUUCUUCGUAACGCGCCUCAAGAUGAGCAAAUUCAAAGUAGGCGACCUCGUGUGGGUCAAAUUGCGCAGCUUUCCUUGGUGGCCUGCCCAAGUCCACGAUGAAGCAGAUCCCGACCUGAGCCCCGAAGUGCAGAACGAAAAGAGGAAGGGAUGCAUUCUCGUUCGCUUCUACGGCGAACACAACUUUUCGUGGGUGGAGGGGAAGCCCAAGUGCAUGCUGCCCUUCCGCGGGAAGCACUUCUCGGAGAAGGCCCGGGUCAAGAGCGCCGGCAUCAAGCAGGCGAUCGAGGAGGCCUUCGAGGAGGAGAAGAAGCAGGGCGGCCCGCCGGCCGAGCCCGAGGAGGACGAGGAGCAGGCCACGGUCGACCAGGAGGAGGCCAGGGCCAAGCGGAAGGCCAAGCAGGAGAAGGCCAGAGAGGAGAGGGCCAAGCGGGAGAGCGAGAAGAAGAAGAAAUCCCAGACGGGCGACCGCAAGCGGAAGCGCGACGAGGGGAGCAGCGGCGGCGAGGGCGGGUCGGACGCCGAGGCGGAGGAGAAGGAGCGCAAGCAGAAGCGGCGGCUGAAGCGCAAGAGCGAGGGCGGGAGCAACGGCGGCGGCGGAGGCGGCGAAGCCAAGGCCGACGAACCGCGCAAGCGCGCCAAGAGCACCGGCGGCGAGAAGGCCGGCAACGGCGAGGCGACGUCGGAGGGCAAGAAGCGGGUAAAGCGGGAGAGCACCGGAGGCGAGAAGGCCGGCAACGGCGGGGCGAAGGACGCCAAGGACAAGGAGAAGGAGGAGCGGAAGCGGAAGCGCGAGGAGCGGCAGAAGAAGGCGAAGGAGGAGGGCGCGGAGGGCGGCGAGAAGAGGCAGAAGCCCAAGCAGCCGAAGAAGCCAAUGGACGAGGCGGCGGUCAAGCAGCGGCUCGCGGCCCUGCACGUCGACCUGAAGCGGGCGGCCGUGCAGAAGUCCGCGUCGGCCCUGGUCGCCGCAAUCAAGAAGAUCAAGGCCACGCCCAUCACCAUUCAGCUCCUCCACGAGACGGGAAUCGGGCGUACGGUCAAGAAGCUCUCCAAAAUGCCGGACAAGGGCAUCGCGAUGCCGUCGGCCGACCUGCUCAAGCACUUUGUGUCGGUCAUGGACAACGCCAUCCAGAAGAACGACGCCACCAUCCAGACCAUCCAGGAAUCCAAGCAAACGCGCAAGCCAUCGCCGGCUAAGGCGACGGACAAGGGUGACGUGUCUCCCAAGCCCGCAACUACCGAAGGAGGCGAAUCGAAGCCAGCCGCCCCGGCCACCAAUGGCGAAAGCGACGACCUCGCGGCCCUCAUCGACGAGUCCGAGGCCACCACCUCUACAACGGCCACCGCUGCCACCGUCGAUUCCGCAGCGGCGACGGAGGCACCUCCGCCGGCGGAAGAAAAGGCGGAAGUCGACAAGGGCCAAGGCGAGGCCGACCAUCAGCAGCCGCCGCCACGCGAGACGCAGGGAGAGGGCGGCCAAGGAGAUGAGGCGCCGGCGUCGGGCGGAGACGCGAUGGAGCUGGAGAGCGCGUCUGCGACUGCCGCUGCCGUGCCUGCUACUCCCGCGGCUCCCACCGUGGCUGAGCCCGCGCGCACCGAGGCGCCGCCGAAGCCCGAUGCUAUGGAGGAGGAGUCACCCAAGGCCGCCGCGCCAUCCGUCAAGCCGCCGCAGCCCCCAACGCAGCCACCCGAGGUGGCGUCCACGACGCCUUCGCCCGCCGCUCACGAGACACCGGCAGCGGUCCCAAAGGCCGAAGACACCAGUGACGCCUUGGCCGUGCCGGACGACCCGACAGAAGACGCCGUGACGCCGCUCAAGGAGGAGGCGGCGACGGAGCCAGCCGCCGCUGCUUCUGCUGCCACCAACGCCCCGAAGCUGCAGGGCGCGGCGUCCGCGGCCGGCUCAAACAGGGACCCCAGCAGCAGGGAGCGGGACCGCGAGCGGGACCGGGAUCGGGACAGACACGAUCGUGACCGCGAGCGUGACAGGGAGCGAGAACGAGACCGCGAUCGCGGCCGAGACAGCAGGUCCGGCGGCAGCGGGGCCGGCGACCGUGAUCGGGACCGUAGCGACAGAGACAGGGACCGAUCGAGCGGUGGAGGCCGAGACAGGGACCGCGACAGGGAGCGGGAGAGGGACCGCGAACGGGACCGCGACAGGGCGAGGGACAGCGGGAGGGAGCGAGAACGCAGAGACAGCGGCGGCAGGGACCCGACAAGGACGAGCAGCGGAGGAAACAACAGAGACCGGGACCGAGACAGGGCCGAGAGGAGGACUUGA